AUGUUAAGUAAAUUACCACAAGAGUUUCGUCGGUACCAACGCAAUCGUAAUCAGUUACGGCAUAUUUUCAAGGAAACACACCGUACGCUAGAUGUUAUCAAUCAUGAAAAUUUUUUUCCUGAAGAAAACAUUAUUGAUGAGUUAUUACCCUCCUUGACCCUGGAUCGUCUUACUCAUAUACUGGACAAUCAACCAGCGAUUGUAAUAUCAGGGCAAGACUGCAAGUCAAAAUCAGCAUUGGUGAACCGUUUGUUGGAAGAAGAUAUUCUCCCAGUAGGGAGAACUGGCGGGUCAUGGCGAUGGAUUAAAUUCAGCUAUGGUACCACCAACCACGUCAGCCUGACCCUGGGUCUCGAGUAUGAAGUCGUUGAUUAUGUACCCACGGAGACUCCAUUCGAAACUUUGACCGUAGAAGAUUUGAACCGAUCUGGAAAUGAAGACGUUAAUUGUCCACAAGUUUUGGACGUCAAGCUGGAUCGGUUGAUUCUCAAAGACGGCGUACAAAUUUUUGUGAUACCCGAUAUCGCGGCCAUAAAGUCACUCGCUAAAGGAAUAUUAAAUAUUUUGCCGAUAUUUUUAUACGCGCUCGGUGAUUAUCCUCUCACGGAAUCAAAUACCGAGGAGUUGAGAGAAUUGAAAGAAACUUAUCCGUACAAUCCAGUAUUGUUUGUUUCUUCAUUGGCCAACAUCGUUUUCGACAGUGUUGAUGGUGACUUGACAGAAUCUGAACAGCACCGUUUACAAACUCAGGCUGAAAAUAAUCCCAGUAAUAAUAAAAAUAAAAAUAAAAAUAUAACUGAAUUUGUCAGUAGUGAUAAGAAGGAAGAAGAAACUUUUAACUUUGAGAAAAUGAAUUCUUUGGGGCGAACUUGGCUGGACCAAUUGGGAGGUCUAGGAUUUCUUCGCGUGGAAGAGUCUGUUGAGGAUCAACGGAUGGCCUGGCUGGUAGGGACCGAGUAUGUCAGUUCCAGUGACUUUGUUGAGUCCUAUAAAAAGAUGGACCGAGUUCUACACUUUAUUCGCAGUUGCCUUCAAAGUUAUCUUGUUAAUGCAAGCACUUGUUUAACUGAAAUUCAGACUACAUCGCUGCGUAAAUUUAUCCUCAGUGCUUUUGAUAUGGCUCGAGAAAUUCAGAUUACUCCCAGGAGAAUUCAGUACGCUCAACAGAAAGAAAAUGAAUUGUACGCGAGUUUGAUGAAUGUUGUCAACAAAAAUCAAGAUGAACUUACGGAACUGAUUCAAAACAUCAUACUAGAAAUGAAACAAGACUUAUCGUCACUGAGUAAUGAUUCAUAUCGGUAUCAAAACAAUAAUAAUUUAAGCAACAAUGAGCAGGAUGAGUGUCGCCGUGAAUGGUGUAAGACAGUUCGAACAGCGACAACAGAAGUACAGAGAUUAGUUUUGAGCCGUCUGAGUGAGAAAGUAGCACGGCAACUAGUUACAUCUGUUAAUUGUCUGAGGGAAACUUUUGUGGGUACUCUGCAACGCUGUUUGGUUGAGUUGGAAAAAAGUUACGACUCUAAUAACCAUGACGCAAAUUUGUUGGCGAGUGACGCCUUGAAGCAGAUAUUAUCUGCGGCUUACAACGUCGAGUUACAUAACUCCUCGCCAUCUUUAGUCCAUUCUUUUCUUGAGCGACUCAGACAACUGUUAAAGUCUUUGCCAUUGCCAUGGUCACCGACCCCGACACUCGACCAAGCUUGGCGCAAACGAGUCACAAUAGACGUUCUUAAUUCUCUCUGUCCAACAAGAUUAGCACGUACUAUAUCCACCCAAUUUAGAGAUAAAAUAAAAUCAUCCCACGAUACCUUUCACGCAGCACUCAGGUCCUUGGAGAAUCACUAUUCCGGUAAAUUGGAGCGAACUGAAGAGCAGAGAGUUGCUAUAAGAAAAAUACACGCUCCCAGGUUGGCAAAACUCGCACUAGAGUCAACCUCCAUGUCCGAUAUGGUCAGAUACGGUAUUCCGCAUCAGGGAAAAGAAAUCGGACGAGGACAGUACGGUGUAGUGUUUGCCUGUGACGCUUGGGCUGGAGCGCCAGGUUCUUGUGCUGUUAAAUCUGUGGUACCACCAGAUGAAAGACACUGGAAUGAUCUGGCCAUGGAGUUUUACUACACAAGAUCCAUUCCAGAUCAUAAGAGGAUUGUCAAAUUGAGAGGUUCGGUUAUUGAUUACAGCUAUGGAGGUGGUGGGGCUGCUGUUUUGCUGAUCACUGAUCGGAUGAGUCGCGAUUUGUACUGUGGGAUCCGCGCCGGAUUACCCUGGAUCACCAGAAUACAGAUUGCCAUCGAUGUUCUCGAGGGAAUUCGGUAUCUUCAUUCUCAAGGCCUGGUACAUAGAGAUAUUAAGUUAAAAAACGUUCUUCUGGACACGGAAAACCGAGCCAAGUUAACUGAUCUGGGCUUCUGUAUCACCGAGGCCAUGAUGAGUGGAAGUGUUGUUGGGACUCCUGUUCAUAUGGCUCCUGAAUUAUUGUCUGGGCGGUAUGACAGCAGUGUAGACAUCUACGCAUUUGGGAUUUUAUUCUGGUAUAUUUGUGCUGGACAUACCAAAAUGCCGUUUGCCUUUGAGCAGUUUCACAAUAAAGAACAGCUCUGGACCAGUGUCCGCAAAGGCUUACGUCCAGAACGUCUUGCUAGUUUCGAUGAUGAAUGCUGGGAACUAAUGGAGCAAUGCUGGGCUGGCGAGCCAUCCAGACGUCCUCUUUUGGGAGCAAUCGUCCCCGUCCUGGAGUUGAUUCGCGACAAAGCAGACAUAGGCAAGUUCACCGCUGAACCCGAUGCACUGAAACACCACGGCUCGUCCUCGUCCUCGUCCUCGAUGAAGAAUCCUGCUUUAGCACUAGCCGAACCCAAUAAUCAGAGAGGAACUACGUUGAGUCCUCUUUUGAAACGUAGACCCCUACGUCCUCUAAAAUAUCCUAAUCUCCAUAUGACUAAUUUAUUUCAAACAAGUGUCUGUUCGAAUCUUUAUGUACAAAUGCGUGAAUUUUGA